AUGGCCAAGGCCAAUUCCUCGAUGUGGAUUCCCAUAGAUAACCCGUUUAUUCAUAAAACACCAAAUGGAACUAUCAUUCACAUUUCCAUGGUAGCUUACGUUGCCACCAAGGCAGUAAAAGUCUAUCUGGAUAUGUCUACCACAAACCAGAUGACAGAAGUAACAGAGGACCCAACUACAACAACAAAAAGUGAUAAUGAAGAGGCAUUACUGGACAUAGUCCCCUACAAGCUAUGGACCAAAAACCCAACUGAAGUGGGACUGGUGAAAUCUACAGGACAAGUUCUCAUUCAGCUAAAACCCAACGCUAAACUGCCUCGACGGAAGCAGUAUCCACUCACUUCUGCUCAGAUAGAACACAUAUGGGAGACUAUCAUUGGACUGAUAACCACAGGUGUGUUGGAGGAAACUACAAGUCCCUGUAAUACUAGUUUUCCCCAAAAAUGGCAACAGCUUCGAAAGGUUAUCAAGUGCAAGGCAGCAGCGGCCUGGGAGCCCAACAAGCCUUUGGUGAUUGAGGAUAUAGACGUAGCUCCGCCCCAGGCCAACGACGUCCGCAUCAAGCCGAUGUGAUCGUUUGCUUCGGUGUUGAUUGUGGCAACUGGGGUGUGCCACACCGACCUUUACCACCUGUUUGAGGGCAUGCAUAAAGACGGCUUCCCAGCAGUCCUUGGCCAUAAGGGAGCCAGCAUUGUAGAGAGCGUCGGGCCUGGAGUCACUGAAUUUCAGCCAGGAGACAAGGGGAUUCCUCUGUUCAUCUCCCAGUGCAGAGAAUGUCGCUUCUGUAAGAGUCCUAAGACCAAACAUGGUGAGAAAGGAUGGGGUGCUGAUCAUUAUGAUGUGAUGGCAUCAGCAGAAUCCAGGUUUACCCCUAAGGGGAAAAAAGUGCUGCAGUUUAUUGGAACCGGCACCUUCUCACAGUACACUAUGAUGAACCAGAUCCCUAUGGCAAAGAUUGACCCCGCUUCCCCUCUGGAAAAAGUCUGUCUCCCUGGAUGCGGGGUCUGUACAGGAUUCGGAGCAGCAGUUAAUACUGCUAAGGUGGAACCAGGCUCCAAGUGUGCUGUGUUUGGCCUGGGAGCUGUGGGCUUGGCUGCGGUCAUGGGCUGCGAGGCUGCAGGAGCCAGGGAGAUUUUUGCUCUUGACAUCAAUCCAGAGAAGUUUGAGAAGGGCAAGGUGUUCUGAGCAAACGAUUUUGUGAACCCCAAGGAUCACAAUAAACCCUUCAGCCACGUGUUGGCUGAGAUGACUGAAGGAGGAGUGGACCACUCCCUGGAGUGUGUCGGGAAUGUGGGAGUCAUGCGCAGAGCCUUGGAGUCGUGUGUGAAAGGCAGGGGUGUCAGCGUGCUGGUUGGCUGGACAGACAUGUAUGACUUUGCUGCUCGACCCAUUCAGCUCAUCGCUGGACGCACAUGGAGGGGCUCCCUGUUUGGGGGCUUUAAGAGUAUGGGCGGGGUGCCUCAGAUGGUUAAAGCCUACCUGGACAAGAAGGUGAAGCUGGAUGAGUUUAUCACUCACAACAUGACUUUGGACCAGGUCAAUGACGCCCUUGAUCUGAUGAAGCACGGCAAACGAUUGUGGCGACCGCGGCGUGCCGUUCAGAUCUUUACGACCUUUUGGAGAGUGUGCACAAAGAUGGCCUCCCAACCGUCCUCGGCCAUUAGCCAGCUGGCAUCGAAGAGUGUUGGGCCUGGAGUCACUGACUUUCAGCAAGGUCAGUUUUCAGUUGUUUAUCAUUUUGGGAAAUACUCUUCUUUGUAAUCUUUCCAAAAGUGAGGUAAGAAAAUUGCAGCAGUCUCACGUCUCUGUGUUCAGUAUGAAGCUAGGACACGUUCAGUUUAGCUUUGUGUAAAUCUUGGAAACAGCUAGCCUGGCUAUGUCCAAAAUCCAGAAAUACAGUGACCAAUAUGGUUGUUAUGUUUUUUUUUUAAAUUCGAACUUUCAUUGGCACCAGGGAACAAUGCAUUAUUCAAACUGUAAUGACCAGUUAAAUUUAAAAUUCAAUUUAAGUCUAUAUGUGCAACAGACUGUCUUACGUAGUUUGCCUUGAUGUCCAGCAUCACUGUCACCUUGACCCAUAGCAUGUCCUAUUAAAAGAUCAUUAAACUGAGCUAAUAAAUAAAAAUGGAGGUUGACACUGGCGAGCAGAGCUGUGCUGAUUGUACUGAAGCAUCGGAGGAGCAGUGUGUGGAAGUGUUUUGGGUUCUACACAGCAGACGGCAAAAACACCAACAAAAUUAUGGCCAAAGGCAUAACAUUUAACAAAAGGUAAUCCGUUCAUUAGCAGAAAUGUAAAAAUGACAAUAUGGGCUAUUAAAAGUAACUGAAGCCUAUCUUUGCCAUUCAGCCCAUAUUUUUUUGACAUCAUUAAAUCGUUUUGUGUAAAAUUUGUUACAAGCUCACUGACACCAAACUGAUUCUCCUCAUCUGGCGCAGUGCCUUGGAGUCUUGUGUGAAAGGCUGGGCUGUCAGCGUGCUGGUUGGCUGGACAGGCUUGCGAGACUUUGCUGCCCGACCCCGUCAGCUCAUCGCUGGUCGCACAUGGAAGGGCUCCCUGUUUGGAGACUUUAAGAGUAAGGACCGCGGGCCGGUCUCAGAUGGUUAAAGCCUACCUGGAGAAGAAGGUGAAGCUGGAUGAGUUUAUCACUCACAACAUGACUUUGGACCAGGUCAAUGACGCCAAUGAACUGAUGAAGCACGGCAAAUGGUAGAUUUACACUCUUCUACUUUCUUCAUCAUUAAUGAAUCAUUGACAAAGCAGAUACAUUAUAAAUAGGUGGAGGACCUUUUUCUAUCUUUGUUCCACAGCAUCCGGACAGUCCUGAGUGUUUUCUCCACAGUAAGACCACUGUGUUGCUCUCAAUAACGCCAGAGUAAUUCAGUAAUUUACCACUGUAUUACACAGAGUUUCAGCAUAACAUUCGUACAAAUAAUACAUUACAUAUAUUACAUUGAUCUUUCAAUUUAUACAAAAUAAACAUGCCUGAUCUCUCAACAUGCAUGUAUAUUGUGACUUAAAACUCAACAGUAUUGAGUGGACUACGUGCAGAUUGUCUUUGUGAGAAUCAUUGGCAGUGUUCUUGUGAGCAAAAGCUAAACAUGUCAAAGUGUUUAUGGAACAAAAUAAACAGUCUAAACAGAUGCCGUCUGUGUCUCCUUCUUGUUUUUGUUCUGCUUUGAUUGCGUGGUGUGUCAGAGUAACGAUGUCUCUGAAUUCUCU